AUGGAUUCGAAUUCAUGGAUCAAUUGUCCAUCCGUUUUCUCAUCCUCUUCUUCUUCGCGACGGUGUCAAUCCCGAUCAGAUUUGUAUAUAGGUGGAGGGUACGAGGAUCUUGAAGGAGAAGAAGAUUUGAAGGCGGAGUUUAUCUGCCCGUUUUGCGCAGAAGAUUUCGACAUUGUCGGUCUCUGUUGUCACAUUGACGAAGAGCAUCCUGUCGAAGCCAAAAAUGGGGCCUGUCCUGUAUGCACAAAGAGGGUGGGAUUGGAUAUCAGAAGGAGAAGGUUGAGAAGAGGUGGAUAUAGCUCUGCUUACCUAGCUUUGAAAAAGGAACUCCGGGAAGCAAAUUUACAGUCUCUUCUCGGCGGAUCUUCGAGUUUCACUUCUUCAACCAAUAUAGACUCUGAUCCCUUGCUGUCAUCUUUUAUGUUUAAUUCUCCUCCUUCGCUUAAUGUGUCUGCAAAGAAACCUGCUACACUUGUUACCGAAGAAACCUCGGUUACAAAAGUCUCGCAUAAGGAAACCUUCAAAAGAGGCAUUCGAGAAGCUCCACUUUCAGGGGAAGAUCAAGAAAAGGCGAAGAAGAGCGAGUUUGUGCGAGGUUUGUUCUUGUCAGCCAUGCUUGAAGACGAGUUCUGA